AUGUUGACAGCCAUUGGCCAAGCAGCCACCCGGCGCCUGUUCCUCCGCGCGGCGCCAUUGGCUGGCCCUCGGACCCAGCCCGUUGUGCGCGCUGCGCGCCGCGGCUUCUCGACCUCGCAGUGGGCACGUAUGCCCGCUGCCAAGGCUUCCUCGACGACCACGAAGACGAAGAAGAGCACCGAGGCCAAAGACGGCGCAGCGCCGAAGAAGGCCACAGCCAAGACCAAGACCAAGGAGAAGGCGGCGACGAAGCCAAAGAAGGAGAAGAAGCCCGUGAUAAAGAAGCCGGUCAAGGAGCUCACACCCGAGGAGAAACAGAAGCUCGACGUGAAGAAGUGGAAGAAGCUCGCGCUGCUGCCGGAUCCCAAGAAGCUGCCGACCACCAAGUGGCUGGUCUACACAGGAGAGGCGAACAAUGAUGUAAAGUCGGCAACCGAGUUGAUGAUGCGGACCAAGGAGAAGAGCGAGUCGUUCAAGAACUUGUCCUCGUACGAGCUCCAGCGUCUCCAGGAAAAGGCCGACGAGAACAAGCUCAUCAACAAUGCCACCUACAAGGCGUGGGUAGAGUCACACGCGCCGCGGGAUAUAGUCGAGGCGAACCGCGCGCGCCUACGUCUCCGCAAGGCCAGUGGGCGCUUGAUCCCCGCGCCCAUCCGCGACGACCGCCUGCCUACACGUGCGCCGACAUCCUACGGGCUCUACACCAAGGCUCGUUGGGCCAGCGGAGAUUAUGCCGGCCUGCCACUACCCGUAGCCAACAACCGGAUAUCCGAAGAGUGGAGGGACCUCUCAGAGUCUGAGAAGGGCGCGUACAGAGACCUGAGCAAGGCGGAGAGAGACCGGUACGAGCGCGAUGCGCUCAAUGUGCUGGGACACGUCGUUCAGCCAGGCAAGACCUCCGAGUAA